GGGCGCAGGAUUAUUGACCCGAGGGCAGACAGACAGCCAGCCUGGCACACACACACAGACAAACAGACAGACUGAUAAACAAACGUGUACAAGAACUGGCUGAUAGACAGAUAGAGAGGCAAACGCACAGACAGGCACAAAGAGACAGGUCAAUGCACAGAACGGUUAACCCACCGACCGACCGACAGACCAACAGAGGGGAUAGUGAAGUCACGCAAAUCACAGUCAGCAAAUUUGGCUGUACAGAAAUGAUCGUAUGAAGUGUUACGUCCACACACACACACACACACACACACACACACACACACACACACACACACACACACACACACACACACACACACACACACACACACACACACACACACACACACACACACAGAGGCCGGAUGCUGCUUGGGUCCCGUAGGAUAAGUUUAUCGCCCACAUGUCUCUCAAGAACAAAGGUCCAAAGACCGUCACGGCAUUCUGCUGGGCGAGGCGCUGCGGGGAGGACGACGGACGGACGGACGGACGGACGAAGGACAGAAAGAAGAAGGAAGGAAGGAAGGAGCCCAUCUCUGCCUCCCUCACCGCCGUCCUGCCUCCUUCACGGCCUGCCUCAAUCCCUCACGCUCACCUUGCCUCACCGGAGAGAGGAGAGAGGGGAAGGACCAACCUCUGCCUCACACAUUACCUCACUCUGCCGACCCUUCUCACUCCCUGCCCCAGCCUGCCCCUCUGCCUCUGCCCAGCCCUGCCUUCCUGCCUCAGCCAUUCCUUUCCUGACUGAGCCUCCCCUUCCUCCCUUUCUCUCCCUGUCCGCCUCCCUCCUUUGAUUAAAAAGCAGACGAGGAUGGUGGUGGCGAUGGUGGUGGUGGUGAUGGGGGUGGUGGUGACGAGUCCUGCGCUGGCUGACGAGCCCAGUCUUUUCGACGGUAUGUAUUGUUGCUGUGUGUGUGCCAGGGAUGGAGUUGUCGUAUUCGUAUUUGAAUACAUCCGAAUACCGUAUUUGGGUAUAUUCAUAUUCGUUUCCGAAUAAUUAGUGAUGAGAAUCAGUGUUUUCAUUCGUAUUCGAAUAUAAGGGAAAAGUGUUCGUAUUCUGCGAAUAAUCUGACCAAUACUUCAAGAUUUAUUACCAGAAAUAACAGCCGUUGUUCCUUACACGUUGUAAUGCCAGUGUGACAUCCCUGGACUGAACACAGGCACCGGCCAUAAGUCACCGUUCUUGAGCUCAUUUUACUGUUGCAUAACAUUACAACAGUUACGUCAAGAAGACAUUUUCCCAUGAAAAGUAUUCAUGAAUACUUUCAAGAAGUAUUCCUAUUUGUAUUCCAAUUAAAACCAUUUCAGCGUAUUCGGAUUCGUUUCCUAUUCGUCGGAAUUUGAAGUAUUCGUAUUCGUAUUCGAAUACACAGCUUUUGUAUUCACUCCAUCCCUGGUGUGUGUGUGUGUGUGUGUGUGUGUGUGUGUGUUGAUAUUCUGACGGGCUUCUGUUCAUAUAUAAUGUUUAAUGUAUCAAUAUCUUUCUUUCUUGUGUGUGUGUGUGUGUGUGUGUGUGUGUGCGUGUGUUGAUAUUCAGACGGGCUUCUGUUCAUAUAUAAUGUUUAAUGUAUAAAUAUCUUUCUUCCUGUGUGUGUGUAUGUGUGUGUGUGUGUGUGUGUGUGUGUGUGUGUGUGUGUGUGUGUGUGUGUGUGUGUGUGUGUGUGUGUGUGUUGAUAUUCAGACGGGCUUCUGUUCAUAUAUAAUGUUUAAUGUAUAAAUAUCUUUCUUCCUGUGUGUGUGUGUGUGUGUGUGUGUGUGUGUGUGUGUGCAGGCUGCCUCGUGUCCCCGGCGUUCAACAUCAGCGUGGGGGGGCGCCGCGCCGCACAAGCGGAGUUUUGGGGUUUCGUGGGGUCCGCCGCCGCCGGCCCCGUCAUGGAGGUGGAGGUGGGGGAGGAAGGCGGCUUCGGGCACACGCGCGUGAACCUAAUGCACACGCACGCCGCCGCCAUCCGCGUGGCCCUGAUGGAGGAGCGGCGGCAGGAGUGGCGCGUGGCGGGGCGUGUGACAGCCGGGUGGCGCCGCUUCCUGCUGGCGGCCACGUGGCAGAAGGACGCCCUGCGCCUCGCCCUCACCGACGACCUCGGCGCCGCCUGGCUGGCCGACGCGCCGCCGCAGGGAGUGCCCGCCGCCCAGUGGGUCAGCGUGGCCGUGCCGCACUUCAGCACGAACUGCCAAGCGCUGACCCCCGUGUGGCGCGUGGCGGCCGGCGCGGCCACGGAGGUGCCGCUCUCGCCGCUGUCGCGCCGCCUUCAGUUCACGCUGGAGGGCGGGUCGCUGCCGCGGCUAACGCUGCACCACACGGAGCUUAGCCUGGCCGCGGUGGCAGGCGACGGCAGUGGGCAGGACACCCCGCCGCCGGCAGGGCCACUGCUGCUGCGCCUGACGCUGGACCACACCCGGCCCGCCGCGCCGCCCCGCCUGGUGGCGGCGGGCCUGCGCGGCGUGGUGGAGGUGGUGGCGGGCGGCCCCGUGGUGGCCAUGCGGCUCAGCGGCGAGGGGGAAGGCGCCUUCCACGUGGUGCAGCAGCUGCACGUGUCCCCCGCCGCUCAGGACACCACCUGGGGUGCCGCCCCCUGCUCCGGGGUGAUCGCUAUCAGCUGGCCUGUCCUGGCAGGGGCGGCGGCGGCGCUGCUGCUGGCCGGCACGUGUGUGGGCGCCGGCCUGUGCCGCCUCAUGGGGACCCGUGUGGAGGCGGCGGCGGCGGCGACGACGACGACGAAGUCUCAGUCGCGGGAAGAAGCGGCGUCGCGAAAGUCCGAGUCUCCGUACCUGAAGCCACGGCGCGGCCCUUCCCCGCCUGCGCCGCCGCCCACCAGCAUGCUCGUGGCGCUGCCCGGCUCCCCGGCGGCGGUUCUGCAGGAGUGGCGCGUCGCCGCGGUGGUGCCAGCUCCGCGCAAGUCUGUGCCUCUGUACCUACAUCCCCGCCCCGGUCCCCGCCCCGCUCCCUGGCCUGCCCUGGCCCCGCCGCCGCCCCGCAGCUCCAGCCCCGAAGACACAUACGAGUACGUGGACGAGGCGAUGGCGACGGGCGACCCGUGGGCGGAGGACUCGUUCACCAGCGACGACGCCGACGCCGACGACAAAGGCGACCGCCUCUACUGUAACUGAGGGGCCGCGCCGCCCAGCGCCCGCCUAAAACAGGCGAGGGGCGGCGUGACGGUGACGCUGAGGCCACGCGACGCACGCCAGGCCGCCUGUGGCUGAGGCAGUGACUGAGGCAGUGGCUGAGCACUCGUGAACUAUUUGAGGAAUGAAUGAAGGAAGGAAGGAAGGAACCAACGAGUUAAAGAAUUAGGAAAGGAAAGGCGGAGGAAACUCGGAAGGUGUCAGCGUGGAGGCUCGUCAUGGAUGAUGAUGAUGAUGAUGAUGAUGAUGAUGAUGGCUAUGAUGACACGACUAGUGGAACUUCUGGAACCUUCUUGCAUGAUAACAC